AUGUGUGCACCCCCACAUAUGUAUGACUUCUCUUUAUGGUACCACACAGAGGACUCACAUGUGGCAUCUAUCAUUGCCACUAUGUUGGAGGAGAAAGGUUACCAAGGCUAUGUUGAACAUCGAGAUGCAGUAGCUGGUUUGCAGGCCAUUUCUGUUACCUCUGAGGUAAUUCAGUCCAGCAGAGUGUCCUUCAUUCUCCUGUCUCCUCACUCUCUCGAAGACUGUUGGUACAAAUUGGUGUCAGAAUGUUGUUUGGUAAAUGCUAUAGAAAACAAAAGAGCUGGCAAGGUAAUACCAGUUUAUGUGGAUAUUAAAGAGGAGCAGAGACCACAAACCUUACAGAAUCUAACGAGUCUUAGCUACAAUAGCAAAUAUUUUCAGAAGAAACUUCUUGAUAGUUUGAAGUCUGUUAUGCUUCAUUGA